CUAGCUCGGGAUUGCAUCAGUUGUGCUUUGUGCAGUUCACGGAUUUGGGAAAAUGGCUAAAGGCACUCAGCAUCAGCUUGCAGCAGCGCUCAAGGCAAUGAUUGUUUACAAACAGCAAUAGUGUAUAAUUAAAGACAUCAACAAAUUUUCUUAUUAUUUUUAACUUUCCCCGGGGGUUUGACAACAACGCCGGACGCCUCGGUCAGUGUGAGCAGUGUAUAAUGAUAUAAACAUAAACGGUACCAACACUAAUUAGACGGUAAUGUUUUUAUUUUCGAUUGGCUUUGAUACUUUUGGCGAUUUUGUGUUCUUGCGCUAAGCUACCGCUAAGUCCCAGACGGGGAAAAUAUUUUUUCAUAUUUUUUUGUGUAAUUUCGCAAUCAAUACUACUUAUCUUAUCAUGGUUUUAUAAGAUACAACAUGUUUGAGCCAUUUCAGUUGACUACAGUUAACUUUUACAGUAACUCGCCAAAAGAGUUUAUUCCAAUGUUAGUAAUAAAACAAAAAUAAGAACAAUUCAGGAAAGCAACGAUAAAAACAAAACAUUUUUUUACACGUUUCAUUUUCUGUGGAUGUCUGUAUUGGCAGCAGUUUGCCGACAGACCCCCCAAACCUAUUUCCACCAGUGCUGUGAGAAGGGGGUUAGCGACUUGUUUAGUGUCUAUGCUAAAAACAGUUGCACCGAAAGGCUUGCCGCGCGAACCGCAUCCACAGUUCGCUAGUUCGGGCGAUACCGACGGUGGUUUCCUUUGUGCGAAAGUAGGGCUUAUCAAGGUGUGAAGGUGUUUUCAGUUCCAAUUUUGCCAGCCAAACCGGGUUUGAUUAGCAGGAAAUAUUCCCAGCCCGAUAGCAGAAGAACACACACACAUCCGGUAACCGAUGGAUUCCUUCUUCGAUCUCUUCGAUCCGACAGCUUCCUCAUCAUCUUCCAGCAGCAAUGGAAUCGCCGACAGUAGCGGCCAUCUCAACAACAACAACUUCGACGAUGACGACUACGAAUCGAUACUGUCGGUGGAGGCAUUUCUGUUAAAGAACCAAAGCAACAAGCAAUCGCAGCAACUUCCCGACAGAACCCGCCUACAGCAAUACUCUCCGACAUCGGCGAUAAUCGACUUCGAUCUGGACAUACUUCCACCGGAACCCCAGUUGGGUAAUAUCGAGUACAAACUGAAGCUAAUCAAUCCCUCCAAGCAACGCUUCGAGCACCUGGUGACACAGAUGAAAUGGCGUCUGCGAGAAGGCAACGGGGAAGCGAUCUACGAAAUCGGUGUUUCCGAUUCGGGUCAGCUGCACGGUUUGAGUGAAACGGAUAUGUCCUGCUCGCUGCACACUCUUAACCAGAUGGCGCGAAAGCUGGGUGCGUCAACAUCUGUUCUGCGCAGGAAAAUGCUCUCGGUGGGACGAUCCGUCGUUGAGGUGCUCGUUCGUAAGAUUCCGGACGAUCAGCAUAACAUUGAAGUGCGAGUAGCCGUGCUAGGCGGUGCCGGUGCCGGUAAAUCCACCAUGCUAGGAGUGCUUACACAAGGCGAGUACGAUAACGGAAGAGGUCGAGCGCGACUUAACAUGUUUCGGCACAUGCACGAAAUACAAACCGGACGAACAUCCUGUAUAUCCCACGAAACGCUGGGAUUCGAUCAACAGGGCAAUGUAAUUAACUACAAGUACAAUGAGAUGAUGACAGCGGAGGAAAUCAGUGACCGUUCGACGAAGUUAGUAACCUUUAUGGAUCUUGCCGGCCAUCGGCGCUACCUGAAGACGACCGUUCAAGCACUGUCCGGCUAUUCGCCGCACCACGCACUGAUCGUGGUGGCAGCUGGAAGCAAUAUUAGUAACAUGACCCAGGAGCAUCUUGCCAUCGUUCACGCACUGGAUAUGCCAUUUUCGAUAGUAGUCACCAAACUGGAUCUCGUUCCACCGGACAACAUUUUGUUUGAGCUAAAAACUCUCCUAACUGCCGUCGGUUAUCGCAAGGUGCCAUAUCUGAUAAGCACCGAGGAUGACGUGCUUAAUGCGAAUGCACACCAAAGUAUGGACCAGAUAGUGCCGAUCUUUUGUGUGUCGAACGUCACAGGCGACGGGCUGGAUCUGUUGACCAAGUAUCUGUACGUUCUGUCGCCCGGUAUUAGCAAUUCCGAGAAAGAACGACUCGAGCAGGAGCCAAUCGAGUUUCAGAUUGAUGAAAUUUUCAAAGUAGCCGGCGUUGGGCCAGUCGUCGGGGGUCUACUAGGUAUGGGCGUGCUGACGGAGAAUCUACAGGUUCGCAUCGGACCGCUCCAGGAUGGUACUUUCUACCCCAUUACGGUACAAACGAUUCACCGAAACAAAGCACCAUGCCGAGUGGUGCGGGCAGGACAAAGCGCUUCACUUUCCUUCUAUCCCAACGAUGAUUUACCACCACUCCGCAGUGGCAUGGUGAUAUUGCCAGACUACGACGAGAACGAGAACGCUUUCGGAUCGUAUUUCUUCCAGGCCCGCGUGUCGGUGCUAUUUCACGCGACGCGCAUCUUCGAGGGCUUCCAGACGACGGUGCACAUCGGCAGCAUCCGGCAGACGGCCAUCAUCCAGGGGAUAAUGGGUGCCGGGACGGACGGGAUCUCAACCAACCAGACGGCGUCGGUGAUGUUCCGCUUUGUACGCCAUCCGGAGUACGUCCGGCCGGGCAUGCGGAUACUGUUCCGCGAGGGCACCUGCAAGGGGGUCGGCAAAGUGACGCAAGUAUUUCCGCUCAACCUAAAGCUAAACUAAGUUUUCUGUAUUUUUACGUUUCGAAAACGUAUCAUCGGUGUUGAAGUGUUAGUUUCAAUGACGAUUGAAAGAACAGAAAUUUGUACAUAGGGACAGCAGAAGCAAACUAUGAUUUUGUGUAAUUCUAAGCAACACUUAAGUGAUUUUAAAUGUGAAUUAACUACCUUACUAAUGCUAAUAUAACUCGAAGGUUUAUUGAAUAAAUUGACAGUAACAUGCAAGCUGUGGUUUGUGCGAAACUCAGUAAAAAAAUGCUAUAAAUCAAUAAAAGUAUAUUUUUAAAUAAUUGUUCAAGGAACUGUUAUAUAAAUUUGAGUGUACAGCUGUAAAGUCUCACUGAUGGAUUUUCAGUGUUGUGUGUGUGUAAUCCUUAAUUAAUAAAUUGCCGAAAAAUGUA